GGUGACGGCGCAACCCUAAUAAGAUGAAAUUCCGUUUAAUCGUUUUCCUCCCAUAAUCGUUUUUAAGAGAUUCGAAGAUCAAAGCGAUGAAUACCCAGACUGAGAAACACCAGAAAAAUGAAAACGAGAAUUUUCCGGACCUUUUCCCUUCUCCUCCAUGAAAUGAAAUUCGCUGCAAAUAUGAAUUCAAAUCCUGCGCUGUUCAAUCUUCUUUCUCUCUCCUCCAAACGCUUCUCCUCUCUCUCUUCUUCACCGAACCCCAUCAUCGUCAACUACCUUAUUCAAACAUUUGGCUUCUCCCAAACCCUAGCCAACUCGAUCUCAAACCGCUUCUGGUGGGCCAAAUCCACAGAGAACCCCCAGUCUGUAAUUCAUUUUCUCAGGGACCUCGGAUUCUCCGAAGCCCACAUUCGAACUUCGGUCCGUGUUGCGCCCCAGAUAUUGUUCUCCGAUAUCGAUAAGACCCUCAAACCAAAGGUCCAGUUCUUUCAGCAACUGGGUCUUGUGGGUGCCGACUUGGGUAAGUUCAUUUCCAAGAAUUCUAAGGUUUUGACUAUUAGUUUGGAGAAAAAAUUGGUACCCUGCAUUGAAAUUCUCAAGAAAACGCUCUCAGAUGAUGAAAACAAUGGUGAUUUGAUUCGUGUUUUGCGGAGGUGCACUUGGGUCUUGUCCAGAAACCCUGAGUUGUUGCUUUCCAACAUUGCGUUCCUGGAGAGCUGUGGGAUUGUUGGGUCUCAGCUCUCAAUGCUGUUGACGCGGCAGCCACGACUAUUUGUUAUAAAGCAAUCCACUCUUAAGGACCUUGUUUCUCGGGCUGUAGACAUGGGGUUUUCAAUUGAAUCGAGGAUGUUGGUUUAUGCUCUGUAUACUAUUAGCUGCCUGCGGGAUGAGACUUUAAGGAAAAAGUUUGAAUUGUUUCGAAGUUGGGGGUUUACAGAACAAGAAUGCAUCGAAAUGUUCAGGAGGACACCAGGGUUGCUUAGGGCUUCCGAGGAGAAAUUAAAGCUGGGAAUGGAGUUUUUCAUGAACACCAUUAAGUUUGAAAAGACACUGUUAGUUCACAGGCCUACGAUCUUGAUGCUCAGCAUGGAGGAUCGGGUCAUUCCUCGAUACAGGGUUUUACAGAUUCUGAAGUCAAAGAGGCUGUUGAAGAGGGAGCCGAGUUUUAUUAAUGUCUUGAGUUUGACAGAUGAAGAAUUUCUGGACAAGUUUAUAUCGAGGUUUGCAGAUGAUGCUGAGGAAUUGUUGGUAGCUUACAAGGGUCAUACUUUACAGGAAGUGGAUGAAUGAGGAUCCAAAUGGCAUCUUCUAUUCAAUUUGGCUUAGCAAAAUUUUUGUUUUUCUUUUUUGGGAGCCUUGGACUUCUGUGAGAUUUAAACUGUACCUUCCAUCUCCAUCCUUUCCUGUGUUGAGAUCACAGUGUUUGCUGGAAAAGCCUUUCAGAGAAUGAACAGAAAGCUUUGGGAAUGUGAAAUAUCUUUCAUAAUUCUCUAGAAUGGACAGAAUUUGCCGUUGAACCCAUAUCUGAAAACAGCAUUCCAUUUUGUACCAAUGUUGAUCACAAGUUGAAUAACUGCAGAAGCUCAGAUUGAGUUCAGUUGCAUGAUCAAGAAGGCUAAGGAAUGGACUGUCUCAUAGAAAUGGGAAGAUCCUCAAAAGCAAUGGAUGAAUUGCUCGAGUGCAUUCUUCCUGCUAGAGGUUUCUUUAGGGAUGUGUUUGGUGUGUGAACAGAAAUGGAAAUAGGAUAAGAAUGGAGGUGAAUUAUAAUAUCUUGUAGAAGAAAUGAAUCAAGAUCCUGUGAGAGUGGGAUGUGGUUUCCAUUUCCAAAUAAAUGAGAAAUAGAAUUGAUUUCUCAUUCUCAUUCUCAUUCUUUAUUCUAACAUUUCAAACAUAGCCUAAAGGAAUAAUCCAUCAUUGAUUGCUUUUGGAGUGUA